AUGGGGAAGAAGCUGGGCAACGCUGGCCCUUCGUCGGCAUCCAGGCCCACCAACCUGGCCGUAUCGCUCCGCGAGGAGACAUCCGGGAAGACGCAUGCCGACGCGGCCUCCCUGCUGAGGGUCCAGCACCUGCAGCGGCUGGCCGCGUGGGCGAGCGGGGAGGCUGCAGUUGGACCGAUCGGGGCACUGGUAGGCCACCGCCUCGCCACGGACGCCGAGGCGGCCGGGAUUCCCAUAGGCGCUUCCUCCUUCCUUUGCCAGAAGUGUGAAUCAGUUUUGCAGCCAGGCUUCAACUGCACAAUCCGUAUAAAGAACAACAAAAAGAAAGCAAAGAGGCAGAAGAAGUCAAAUUAUUGCCAAAACAGCAUUGUCUAUGCAUGCCAUUUCUGUGCAGACCAAAACCUAAUACGGGGUAGUGGAAAGGGUAUCGUGAAGAUCCUAUUAUCAUCAAGAAAGCCUGCUAGCAUGGACAUAGCCAGCAUAAUGUUGAAAGGAGAAAGUAUGAACAUGGCAAGAGUAGCUACAAAAAAGGGGAUCGAGUAUUCUUUAACGGCAGUCUCACGACUGGAAUCUGACAGGUUGAAAACAUUUAUUCUUGACGGGCCAAAGUCUAAUCUUCCUGAAGAUUCUGAAAUAGAGAAAGGGGUUGUUCUUCCAAUGAUGGAUCGUGGUCAGUUGGCAUCUGCAACGUUGGGUCAAAUUACUCCUCAGAAGAACAAACUAGGAGAAGUGACUGCACCUAAAGGUUCGGCAGAACAAUUGAAGACAAGAAGUACACUGAACAACAAAGGGCAGAGUUGUGUUUCAAUUACUGGCAAGGCCCCUAGAAGUCAUAGUAAGUCAGCUUCGAAUACUAAAUCUGCACUAGGUGACUCUACACAGCCUGCUGGCAGUUCAAGGAAGCGAGCAAGAAAAGGGUGGACUACGCUAAAGCAGAUUGCUGAAAAGGAGGAGCUUGAGAGAAAAGUGAAGAUGGAUAACUUUGUAAUCCCAUUGUUCAUGCAGUAAAUUGUCUUGCAGUUUGCACCCGCUGUAUACAUUUGCCAUCACAAAUGGUUACAUUCUUGUAUGGUAUUAUUAGU